UCGAUCCCGACUUUGACCGAUGCCUGCUGCUAUUUAUUUGGACUUUUAGUGUCUUUCUCUCUCAUCAUUAUGACAGUGGCUAGGAGAUGUUGACUCCCUUGCUGGGUGUGCAGGAGGUCGUGGGUUCCAUCUGGACCCUGAUGACGCCUGCUGCUGCUGUAUAUUUGGAGUUUGUGGUGUCUCGCUCUUGAAUACAGACAUGGCAGUCGUGGUGGCGCUGUUGGGCCCUCUUUCUCAACGCGGAAAUUGACGAGUCGGUGCACGAUCCACACACAGAGACACAUUCAGGGUGGUGGCAUUCGAGACACGACUUCACCCAACUGGCGUCGUUUCGUCUCUUGUCUCAUCCCAUUGCCACGUAGAUCUCACACGAGCCUUCUUUGAAUUACAAUUCAAGCGAUGGAUCCCAUUCGCGAGGAAAUGAAGGACUGGUGCAGGUCCCAUUUAGUAGACUUUUACAUCGUGCUUGUGGAUCAUCUCAUCCCACAUCUUGUGUGCCUCACCGAAAGCGAUGUGGAGCGGAUCAAAUGUGAUCUCGACCGGGGUGGCAAUAAUCGUGGGAUGGAUACAUUGUUGAACCAUCUGUGGAGGCGUUCCCGUUGGUACGACGAAUUCAUAUCCGCCCUCCGCAAGGAAAAACACGGUGAACUGGCUGACAGAAUGCAAGCCGAACUCUCUGCCCGUAAAGCGGCACGACAACCCACCCCUGCUCGCCAGCCCGUGCAUCCCCCCCCCAUGGAUGUGAACGUUCACGCGAGAGUUGGAGGUCCCGCCAUGGUGGUGGCCGAGCAGAAAUCCCUCUCCAGUGAGAAUAGUGGUCACCAGGCCAACUUCCCAGUGCAGGUCACGCCGGAACCCCCUCCUGCCCCAUCUCCAGUGCAACCACCUGUCCAGAAUGAGGCGUCCGCCCAGUCCACUCUGGCUGAAAUCGCUUGCGGGGAAGGGCUGCCAACGCCCACCGCCGGUGGUGGCGCUGCCGUGGAAUUGCCGAAGUGGCAGGGUACGUGCGCGCCGAGCCUGGAAGGGGGUUCGGCGGACGUGAGCAGUGACGGCUUCUUGGAUGGUAAAGACGCAAGGGCACCAGUCCAGGAAAGCGACGCAGCUGUGGAGGAAGAAAAACUCGCACCACGCAAACCGGCUUCUGAAAAGCGGCAAAACAACGCCGACUUGGAUGCGCCUACACAGCCCGGUCGAGAUAGCAGGCGUCGCGAAGAUGAAGAUGGCAUUGGAAAGCCACAGGUUCUGAGCGCAAAUCCACCCAGGAGCUUUAAUUUAACAAGUGCUGAUCUGCAGACCAGCGUUGCCGAUACCCUGGAAGUUAGUAAGGCGAGUCAUAGUGCCUACCAAAAUCCACAACUGUUGAAUAAUGUCAACGAUACAAGCUCGCCUAUGUUUCUUCAAAUUCAGCAUGACAACAGAAUGGACCAUGUGACCAGCUUGUCUGAAACGGAGGCUAGAGGAUCGGCUCUGCAGAUGGGAAGCUCCACUGGACAGCUUGCAGCAUCUGAAAACGUUGUGCGCAACAACUUGUCACGAAAGGAAGACGCACAGGUGCUGCCAAAACGACCCAACGAGCAACCUGGCGAGCGAUACGAGCAACGCUACAAACAACCCCAAGAGCAUCUUGACGAGCAGCCCUACAAUCCGAAUAAUGAGCAAUCCAACAACCAGCAGCAGCUUGAGCAAUCCUCCGUGCAGUCCUACGAGCAACAUUACGAGCAACCCCAAGAGCAUCUCGACGAGCAGCCCUACAAGCGGCAUAAUGAGAAAUCCUCCAAGCAGCGCUAUGAGCAACCCCAAGAGCAGCGAGACGAGCAGUAUAACGCAUCCAGAGCAGUGCCCAGAGCGACGGAAGCAACCAAACCACUCCCUGGUCAAAGCAAGUGGAGGGAAUGGCUGGGGGAAAACCAGCUGGUUUUGGGAGGAGCUGUCUUGGGGAUACUGCCUACAGGGGAUUAUUGUGUCCGUCCUGUCGUGCAUCCAAAAAUGGGAGGGGUGGGGCUGGGUGGGGAGGGUAGCUGGUCACCCCGUGGUGCCCUUAUAAAACUCAACGUUUAACCUACUCACGCCGGCUUGUGCCCGCCCUCACAGUCGGCCAUAUUUGCGGAAUACACCACGCCAGCCGUUGACCCUGGCCAUUGACCGAGCAAACCAACGUUCCUACCAGCUCCCUCCGCAGGAAUGUGUUUCAACUAUAUUUAAUAUUUUCUGGUGGCCCACAAUAAAUUUAGUGUGUGCCAGUGGGCCACGUGAUGUCAUACUUCACGUAUACAGAUGUUAUGAAAUCACUUUGCAUGAUGUCAUGUGACCACUAAUCUGUAUCUCCCUCUAGUCUCCAGGUUUCUCUCUUGUUUGUCUUGCUUUCAUCUCAGUAAUCCAUCUGUGUCUACAAAUCUGUCUCGUCUUUAUCCCCAUGACCCGGGAAUCAUCAGGUUAAUUUAAUGCACUGUCAUUGGUUUAAUUAAUGAGAAUCAGAAGGUAUUCAUACCGGAGGAAUCCAAUGAGCGAUAAAGCUCUUUUUCACAGAUGUCCAGUAGGGGCAGGUAAGAACGUGACAACAACAAACAGUGCAAACACACGAUAGUAGUGCAAAGUACAAGAAAUGUAAACAAAUCACUAAAAUGCAUAAAGAUACAACAACUAAACCAUCCCCAUCCUACCAAGCAAAGCCCACUGAGGUAUUUACUUAUUUUUCAGAAGCGACCUGGCCACAUGUGAUCGCUCAACAAAGUGGAUUAUCACGUAGAAAUUUCUAAGAGCAAAAUCUAAAUAAUCAGAAUGUGUGUUUCUAAAUGUGGAGGGAAAAUUUCAAGGAUUGCGAUGCUUUUUUCACAGGAAAGGCUUAAUUUCAUCUGGAGCUGGCCAGCUGAUAUUAAGCCGUCAUCCUUCACCCCCCCCCCCCCCCCCCAUUGUCCACUCUGUGGAGGUGAAGCUGCAGUGUGUUGUGGUUGGCAUUUGGGAGCUCCCAGAAAAUAUUCCAUAACAAAUUAAGCCCUGAACAUGGGUACUGGGUAAGAUAUUUUUAGCCAAUACAAAGAUCCAUGUUUUGUUUGGCCAUGUGGUCCUUUCUUGGCCAAAUGUUAUUAACCCUCCACCACCCUGACAAGUUUUGUCACAUUUAUAAAGAUUAUUUAAUCGUGCCAAUAUAUUGCCUUGAUUAAAUAACCAAUAGAAUCUCUCCGGCGGCUUGAGGCUUGUCAUGACUGAAUAUGAAGUUUCACUCCAACUGCUUUGAGCUUCUAUUCGGAAGUGAACUUGGGAAAUUGUGUUGCGCUGCAUCAGCUGACUUCUUUGCUCUAAAGUACCCGCCGUGACAUCACCAACCGCCAAAGUAUGGGUCAUCUACAUGUCUUUGUGUGUUGGGUUUGGCCAUCCUUUCAAUUAAAUAUGAUGAAACAUCCUGAAAAAUGUAUUUUAAUUGUGCCACUCAUUACCGCCUUAUGCCCCAACACGUGUCUUUUAUACUGCAUGUGUAAUAUGUCCAGAUGUGUGGUGUUUUGUACCAACACGUGCACUUAUAUCGCCACAAUACACAUUACUUUCCAAACUGAACGUCUUUACGUUGCGUAUAUGUUCGCAAUGCACGUUGCGUUAAAAAUAAUGCAUUUAUACAUCGGACAGUUACAUGCCAUAUCACGUGAAAUUGCACGCAACAGUGCACAUAGCUACUCCAGGUCUUUAUGUUUUUGUUGUUAAUUAGGAUUGCCCUUGAUGUUAACCAUCAUCAGCACCCUUGUCUUCGGUUUGAGGUGGCGGACAGAGUCCACCUCUUGAUUCUCGCUACUCGGACGACAACGCGCAAGUGACUCAAUUUAUUAUUGGGAUAUGAAGGCAACAUCAAAUUAUGGGAUCGGCUGCCACCAGACUAAGUUCUCCUCGGAGAUCGCGUGGUGGGUCGUGUGCUCAUCUGCUGUCGAAUGUCCCCCUACCAUCGAAUUUCAGUUAACUCGAUGAAUUCCAGCUGCACGCAUCAGCCGAGAUUUGGUAAACCUCGGGACAGACUUUUUUGACACUUCCUCAAAUUGGAGGCAGGCGCUGCAAUUGGGGAGAACACGGGUCUGCUGGAGUUUGAGGACAUGGUUUUUGCUUGUAGCUGGUGAGACCAUUGUAGUUACUGUUUUCUUCCAGUAGAUGGGGGUAUAUGUAAAGUGUUCUACACUCCCACAUUUAGCAAGGCCUGAGCCAUACAAAUUGAGCAAUUUCCUGGAAUAAUAAUUCACUAAUUUAAUCCGCCUACUUCCUGAACAAUAUUUCGUUUAUUACCAAUUUUUUUUACCAUGACGCUAUCAAAUACACACAUCUGGCGUUGUGGUGCAAAUACUAUAACUUGAUUUUGUUUACAUUCAAAAAUGCAAAUAAUGCAGAUGUACUGGUGAUGUGUAUCUGUAAGUCACCAAUGUGGCUUGUGGGUAGUGGUGUAGCUUUGGGCAGCGCAGGCAGUGCACGAGGUCCUAAGGGCCAGAGGGGCCCACAUGCCAAGCUAAAGUGGAGGAGAAAUCGGAUAGGGGGGAGGGCCUCAUCUCAUUCCUUGCACUAGGGCUCAUGCCAAUCACGCUGCGCCUUCACUUGUGGGGUUGGUGCUGGGUUCAUGUGUGAAACGCCCACCUGUAGAGCCCGCUAGGCGCCUAUCGUGGAGUUAUACAGAAAGUAGGUCACGAACCUAUCUGUGGCCAAUUUGACUUGAUUCUCAUUUAUGGGUUUUCCAUGGACACUUCGUUUUACACUUGCAUGCAAAAAUAAACUAAGCAUCCUAAAUAGGUCGGGUUUUCAUUAAAAUAAGUGUUGAAAAUCUUCUUGGUUCUUUCGGUAACGUCACGUAGAAGGGAAAUAAUAAAAUAAUAAAAAUACAACAUAAUUCCGACAGCCCUGUUCUUCACCCGAGGACGGCUGCUUGCGUUGUGGCUGAAACGUCGUGAGAAUUGUAUUAUGUUUUAUUAUUUUAUUAUUUCCCUUCUACGUGACUUUACCGAAAGAACCAAGAAGGUGAAUCCCUGCAGUCACGAAAGCUUUAAAUCGAAAUUUAAGUGUUGAAAAUCAUUGUCUUUUCUCAUUAAAUAAGGAUUCGUUUUGAAUGAACUGGCCAAUAGAUGUAUGAAGACAGUAUUAAUGUUAGACGUGCAACAUUAACAUUUGUACAGGUGAAUUCGAAUUGUAGAAAAAGAUUUGGUUUUUAAAUAUACGUUCAAAAUGUUUUGAUAAUUUUCCUCCCAAUUCUUUCCUGAUUGUGUCCUAUCAGCGUCAUUCCGUUAGGCAGAGUUUUCCAUUCGCAUCUCUCAGAACAGUGAUCCUUUGUAUGAGAGAAUGGGGCACGUAUGUGGAUAUCACACGAGCUAUCUCAAAAUCUUACCUCUUGAGCCUUUGGGUCACCUCAAAGUGUCAAAAGAAUUCAACUCAUUUUUUUGUAUAUUGUUUCUUCAUUGGGAGCAUGUUGAAAUCAAAAUGUUUUACCGUUAUUUGCAUUUCUGAUACCGUUAAUUAAACAAUGUUGAUGUUCCAUUGCGCCAGAAUCUCAGAUGUGAUUAUACCAGGUGUAUUCCACUAUAUUUUUCACAAUAUGGUCAGUCAAUUGCUAAUUUAGCUAUUUUCCUUUUAAAUUGUAUUUGUGUGAUUUGAAGUGAAAAUCAGUGGCCAUAAAUUAACCCUUACUAGCAUUAAUCGUCCGUCUUGGCUGCUCAAAAUUGUUAUUAUAGGGGGGGUUUGUUGGACAUUUAGAGACAUACUCUUUGGUUCAUUCGGUAAAGUCACAUUUUUCUACCCACGUGACUUUACCAAAAUAACAAAAGAGUAUAGAUUCCUGCAGUCACGAAAGCUUCAAAUCAAGAUUUAGAGACAAUGAACGUACCAACAAAUUGCAUAAUGCCACACGUGGGAGCUGUGGUGCAAUAGCGCAGUCAUUUGCACUCUGCGAUAAAGACACAACAACCUUCAUUCGAUUGCCGGCCAAGGCGAGCAUCAGUGACGAGUGAAAUCUGAACCCGUUCUGGGCCCCCCCCCAUCACCAAUCUGCACCAACCAGCAUGGUGAAAUAUGGUCGAACAGCCCCCAUGACUUGAAUGGCAUGGGGAGGCCCUCAUCCAGCAGUGGACGGAAAAAUUGCUGUACAUAUAGAAUGUCUUCAUGUGUAGGUGUAGACUCCAGUCCAGUGGAGCUUAACCUGGAGUACAGGCACUCCCUGGGGUGCGAGACGUGGCCAGAUAUAUUUUGCAAGUAAAUCGUAACAAAUUAAGCACGGGCAUGUAAGAAUAACUACUUUGUUUCAUCAAAUCUAUGUAAUUAUUAUAAUUUGUUUCUACGUGACUUUACCCAAAGAACCAUGUAAUAAUUAUUAUACAUUUAGUUUUACGGUUGAGAACCAAAGGGGUGCAAGGCUGCGUUAAAGGUAAAGAACCACUGCUCUAGUGGCUGCAGGGAUUCAUUUAAUUUAUUAAUUGAUGCAUCGUUACACCCCAAGUUAUCACUAACAGAGGCAGGCAUUGUUGAAAUUUUUUUAACACUAGCUGUUGUCUUGAAAAAGUCACACCCAAGCAACUGUAAUGUCGGGUUUAUUUUGGAAACACAUUUUAAAGUUCUAGUCAUUACAUUAGUGAUGGCAGUUACGCUACUGAAAAUAAUGUCACGUCUCCGUCGAUGGCAUUUUAAAGUCUUAUUCACAAAACCCUUUUAAUUGUUCCUUUUUGACUUAGUGAACAUAAUUAUAACGUGGAAAAUGUACCAUCACCAUGAGAUCAUUUUUUCAAUAACAUUUUAAAUGGUAAACCAGAACUUGAUAGUAACAUUUUUUUAUUAAAAUCUUUUUUCAGUUGCUGCAUGUACACUUGUUAUAAACACACUUGGGUUAAUGGUGAAAUCAGCAAGUUUGAAGACUUGAAUAAAAAGUCAUUCUUCAAAAUGUUAAUUCUGGUCUCUAAUAAAGGAUUAUAAUGGAAA